GACAUUUCUAGAACGCCAUUACAAUAAUUUAACACCACUUCCCUCCUCCAUUCUUCUCACCACCCCCCCCUCUCUCUCUCUCUCUCUUCAUGGACUGUUCCAACACUGCUGCUUACGCCGUAGACCGAGAGGACGCUCCCACAUUAUCAAGAAACCAAGAAAUGGACAGGGAGAAGCCGCCGGAAACGAGCCAUGACAUGAAUGCGGCAGUACAACAGCCCCCAGCGGUCGUCUUCCGCCGUGGAAAGGGCAGGAGGAGGAGAACCCAUUCGAGGAAGAUGCCGAAGGAGGGGUGCUGUAAUGGCGCCGGCGGUGAAGAAUUAAAGGAUGAGAAAGCGGAGGUGGAGAGGAAGAUAGCGGCGUUGCAGAAAAUAGUGCCCGGAGGCGACAGGCUUGCGGUGGAGACGCUGUUUGAAGAGACGGCGGAGUAUAUAUUGGCCCUGGAGUGGCAGGUGAAAGCCUUGAGAUUUCUUGCUGCCUUUGUUGAAGGUUCUGACAUGGAGAAAAGAAAGCUUGGUGGCUGAUUAUAAUAAUAUGUAUAUAUAUAUUUACAUGCUGAACUGUUUUUUCUUUUUUUUUUUUUUAAAUUUAUUUGAUUUCUCCCUUUUUCCACUUUUGAUUUGUUUUUUUGAAUUAUUUUUUUUAGAAUUUUCUUUCUCAGAAAAUAAAAAUGAGGGGUAAGGGAUUUCUUAGCUUUAGUCUUUUUCCCCCCUCUCUGUUUCUAUCUCCUUUUGUUUUUAUUUUUUUUUUUUUACAUUUAGUUCAAGUUGAGUGUUAGAUUUGAAUAUAUUUUCUAAGGAGAGGAGAUUAAUGGGUUAGUGGUUUAGUUCAUGGUAAAUUAGGUAAUAUGUUGAAGCAAUGUUGUAGAAAUGUUAUUUGAAUGAAUGCUCAAUAUUGUGGAAAUGAUUAUUUUCCUUACAUAUUGAACAUUUGAGUUUA